AUGUUGCAAACAGUCUGUGUGAGUCCUGAACUGCUGGUCAAUCAAAACAUCAGUGAAAAUGAAAUCUGUGGCUUUAGUGGCCAGGGAUCUCCACUGCCUGGAGAAACUGCCAGUCCCAAAAGCUAUUUUCAACAGAGCCCAUCGUUACCAGACUCUGGAUUAACUGAAUUUAAUGUUGCAAGUCCCAAGAUCUACCCUCUGUCUUCACGUCAGCCACCAGAGAUGUCUGCUCCCACUGACUCUGGCCUGAGCUCUGCUCCCCCUCAGAAACGCUACAUGGGUGUGAGAGUAAAGAUGCCAGUCCGGGAAUUACUGAGGAAAAUCCGGCUUUCCAGAGGCCUGGACCCAGCUGACAGCAAGGAAGCUUCAUUAAUGAAAAUGGUAACCAGAGGAUCCUCAGGAAAAACAGAAAAGAGAAGAGUUCACCCUUAUACAGAGAAACAGCUUAGACAGAGCAAGCAGAGCGUCGGGCAAACGCUGAAAGGCUUAGAGGACCUUGAUAUCCUGGUGGAGGUGCUGCAGGAAGACCUGAACAAAAGCCAGCUGAAGAAGGAGUCUGUGCACCCCGUGCCCGGUGGCUUUGGGCAGGGCUUCUCCACAGAUCUCCAAGCCUCUCGCUGGGAAACUGGAGGGGGCAAGCAGGGGGCUGGUGGGCUGCAGGAAAGACGCCACAGCUGCCCCAGGUUGCAUUCCUGCUGCUGCUUGAAAGAUUUUAACUCAGCAUUGAGGGGAGAGGCAGAGACUUCUUUGUAUGAGGAGCAGAAAAACAUCCAAGAGUCCAACUUGCCAGGAACAUUCUCGAGGACAAGUGAGAGUAGCUGGUGGACACAGGACGCAUGCACAAGUAGGCAGAAAGAUUUCCCGAGGCGUUCUCCACACUUGAGCCCAUCAGGAGGCUGUUCAGAGGUACUUCUGGAAGCUCACACAGGCUCUACAGACACCGAGGGACAUUUGAAGUCCACCCCAAUUUCUUUCACACACCAGGAUCUCUCUGCCAUCUCUUUCUUCCAGUUCCAGCUACGCAGGGAAGAAAGUUUCCUGAGGAACAUCCCAGCGGACAAACUGCUUGCACCCGAUGAACACGGCAACAGGCUGCUGCACAAGGCUGUUGCUCAGGGCAGAAGAGCUCUGACUUAUGCACUUGCACAGAGAUUUGCAACCCUCAAUAAGAUCAACGAGAAGGAUGCAGAGAAAAGGACUGCAUUACAUCUUGCUGCAGAAAAGAACCAACAUCUGAUGGUGAGUGACCUGAUAUCCCUGGGAGCCAAUGUCAAUGAACAGGACAGUUUGGGGAAAACUCCACUCCACCUGUGUGCAGAGAAUGGAUACUUGAGAGUCCUAGAGGUUUUGAAAAAUUGCAAAAACAACGGGGUGUGUGUGGAAGUGAAUCUGACUGAUCAUUAUGGUUUAACACCUCUGCACUGUGCUGCCCUGGCCCACACUGUCCUGGUCAUGGAAUCUCAAAAAACUCACGUGGACACUGAGAUGGGAAGGCUCCUCAGACUACGUAAAGAUCAGAUUCUGGAGGGAAUUAACUGCCUCUUACAAAUGGGAGGAAAGCCAGAGCUGCAGGUCCUAAAUUCAUGUCAAAAUAACACUACCUAUUUAAAAAUUGAGGAGAACACAGAACUCAUGUGUUUGCUUCAGCCUCAUAAACCUAAGGGACAGAACAUUCUUCAAGAGAGUUACAGUUUGCUGGAUGCUCCAAGGACACCACCCAGACCCUCAUCAUCAGAUAACUUUUCUGAACUUUUUUCCAUGCCAUCUUGA